AUGGAGAGUUGGUUUUCUCGGCACAGAGGCUUUUUUAUUUCCUUCCUUCUUUUAGAUAUACUAAUAUGUUGGGGAGGAUAUUGGAAGGUGAGUGGUUGCUUGGAUUCGGAGAGAAAAGCUCUCACAACCUUUCGGAAGGCUCUCAACGAUCCCUUCAAUCUUCUCUCUUCUUGGGAUGAUGAUGUCUCAGACUGCUGCAAAUGGAGAGGAAUCACCUGCCACAACAGAAUUGGGUUUGUUCUUAAACUCGACCUCCACGCUGAUAACUACAGUCUAAGUGGCCGAAUUGAUCCAGCUUUGCUCGAACUGAAGCAUCUUAAGUUCUUGGACUUGAGCUUUAAUGAUUUUAAUGGCGCCCCAAUUCCAGACUUCUUGGGUUCAAUGAAGGAGUUGAGGCAUCUGAAUUUAUCAUAUGCAGGGCUCAGAGGAAGAAUUCCUCAUCAGCUUGGAAACCUCUCUCACCUCAUUUCCUUGCAGCUUUCUUCAUCUCCUGACGAUUACGACUACUUGAGUGCCGAAAACCUGUGGUGGUUGAGAAGCCUACCUUUUCUCAAGUACCUCAACUUGUCUGGCGUGAACCUUUCCAUGGCAAGCCAUGAUUGGGUGCAUGUAAUGAACAACUCUCCUUCCCUCGUUGAGCUACGCUUACCCCAUUGUCGUCUUUCAUAUAUUCCUCUAACUCUUGCUUUUGUUAAUUUCACAUCUCUCCGCGUCCUUGAUCUCUAUUGGAACGAAUUCAACUCUACAAUUCCAAACUGGAUAGCCAACAUUAGUAGCCUUGUGUCUUUAGAUCUCUCACAUAACCAUUUUCAAGGUCCAGUUCCUUUCCAAUUUUCACAACUUCAUAAUUUGGAAGAGUUAUUGUUGGGAUUGACUAAUGAUAACCAUAUGUUUAAUUGGUCAGAGAUCCUUGAAGGCAGUUGGAGUAAGCUGAAGCUACUUGAUCUGUCUUUCAGUCAGCUACAUGGAGAAAUCCCCAAGCCUAUUUGGAAUAUGACAUCUCUUGAAUCUCUCUCUUUGUCAUUCUGUGAGAAUACAAAAGGCAGCAUUUCAAGAGCCAUAACUAAGCUUAUCAAUUUAGAGAGUCUGUCAUUGGAUGGGUACCAUAUGCAUGUGCCCAUUCCUGAAUGGUUUGAUGAACUCAAAAAUCUUAAACACCUUACUAUCCGCGAUUGCAUGCUGACAGGCCCAAUCCCUGCCACUCUUUUUGGAGAAUUGUAUUCCUUGGAAGAAUUAGAUCUCUCAUGUAAUCAGUUGAAUUGGACAAUCCCAACAACUCUAGGAAAACUUUCUAACUUGUAUUUGCUUGACCUCUCUAACAACUCCUUGACAGGAAAUGUGUCUGAAGUGGUCCUGUACCUUCUAUUUUGA